CAGUCGCCUCGACGCUACCAUCUUUCUCAGUUGCUCCACGGUUUCCGGACUCGGCGGACCGACAGGCAGAAAAUGCGCUCCGCGGCCGUGUGCAUCGUCUUUAUUCUGACAUAUACAAGCGGGUCGUUUGUCGCGGGUUUGCGAUACAUUGAUCCACAAGCAGGAAGUAACGGUGACAUCGGCAACAAACGAUUGGACCUAACUGAGCCGUCAUGUGACGAGUUGCGUGCCAUGUGGAGAUAUACGAAGAGGCAGAUUAGAGCCGCUAAAUCCACUAACGGAUACCCGAUGUACCCAUUCAAUUCCAAUUUAUGGCCGCGUACCGCAGUGUUUCCCGAUCGCAUUAAAUUAUCCAGAGGACGAGAUAUUGUCGCACCUACACGACUGAAAUUACGAGAAGAAUUGGAAGGAAGACAUGCUGGUCGACCACGUAGUCGGGCCGCCGGAAGUGCACCAAUUUAUGGAAGGAUGGUGCACAAGGCUCCGGCAGGAAGUAGAUGGCGAAACGCGAUGCGGGGGCCUUCGCGUAUGAGAGUCAUCGAGGAUCUCUCGCGACAUUUUGGGACCGUGAGUACGGGACCGUUCAAGCCAAAUGUUCAAGAAUCUAAAUUUCGCGGCGGUACUCCUUCGGUUCCUCAAUCCGGUAGAUUUGAAACACUCAAGAAUCUCAUCCAGGCCGAGAGAGCACGCGAAUUACAGGAGCAACAUAUAGCUGAAGAAAUAAAAGAGAAAGCCUCUGGUUUUAGAGGCAAUAAAGACCUAAUAAAUGAAGAACAAUUAUUGAGUAGACAACAAUUGCGAAAACAAUUCUCCAACCCGUUGCCACCCUUAGAAAUGACACCAAAAGUCAAUUAUGAUUACAAUCAGCGACGUUAUAAUAAUCCUCCGAACAUUGGUCAAGCUUGGUCGAGGAGCGGCCCUCUCUCACGAGAGUAUAUGUCACCUUAAGGUGCUGCGAAU